AUGGUAUCUCUUCAACGUUUUCCCGAUAUGCAAGAUCUUACUGAUCCUACGAAUUUGCAACUUGACUAUCAAGUUGAAAUGGCGGCUUCUGAUUAUUGUUUAAAUAUGAAUAAUCGAAUGUCUUUUACUGAAUAUUUGGAUGAGCAUUAUAUUCCGGAUCCUUAUGAAUUUUACCAUCCACAACACACGGCAACUUGUUCUUCUCCAGAAAGUGACAGUUACAGCAUGUUUAUGGAAGAACCAAAGAUAAAAGUUGAAUUUCCUGAAUCUCUUGAUCCAUCAUCAUGUUCUCUUUAUAGCGUGUCAAGAAAUAUACAUCAAGAUAACUGUGCUGAUCUUACAGUCUGUAAUCCUUCUAGCAUUACUACACCACUUACACCUCUCGAUUCACCUCAUGAUCAAUCACCGAUCAUGUCACCGACAGGUCUUUCAAUGUCUCACCAUCAUAUUAUAAAUGAACAAAGGGAUAUUAUUCCUGAAGUAAUGUUAACAAAUAGUAAUAAUAGUCGUGGUGGACGUCGUGUCAGAAUUCCAUCAUCAUCAGUUUCAUCAGUUCAAGAAAUGUUUCAAGAUCCACAAGAUUUUCAUCGACGACGUAUGACGAAUAAACCUGCAAAACCUGGAACAAAAUCUUUUGAAUGUCAUUAUGCAGGGUGUGGACGAAUUUUUAAGAGGUCGGAGCAUCUUAAACGUCAUAUUCGUUCGAUACAUACUCUCGAACGACAUAAUCUUAGUCAACACAUUCGUGUUCAUAGACCAAAUGGUAAAGAAAAGAACGCGCCCGCGAGAGCUUUUAGUAAUUUCACACCUUAUUUGCAGACUUAUCAGGCUAGCAAUGUUCAUACGGCGUUACCACAGAACUGA